GGUGAGGCCCAACUGAUGGGUUUGUCCCCACCCCAGGCCUGCAUCGACGAGAACCUGGAGGUGGUGCGCUUCCUAGUGGAGCAGGGUGCCACUGUGAACCAGGCGGACAAUGAGGGCUGGACACCCCUGCACGUGGCUGCCUCCUGUGGGUACCUGGACAUUGCCAGGUACCUUCUGAGCCAUGGGGCCAACAUUGCCGCCGUCAACAGUGAUGGUGACCUGCCCCUGGACCUGGCCGAGUCGGACGCCAUGGAGGGGCUGCUGAAGGCGGAGAUCGCCCACCGAGGUGUGGAUGUGGAGGCAGCCAAGCGGGCCGAGGAGGAGUUGCUGCUCCAUGACACCAGGUGCUGGCUGAACGGGGGCGCCAUGCCCGAGGCACGGCAUCCCCGCACGGGGGCCUCCGCCCUGCACGUGGCCGCUGCCAAGGGCUACAUCGAGGUGAUGAGGCUGCUCCUGCAGGCAGGCUACGACCCAGAGCUCCGAGAUGGGGAUGGCUGGACUCCUCUGCAUGCAGCGGCCCACUGGGGCGUGGAGGACGCCUGCCGCCUGCUGGCCGAGCACGGUGGCGGCAUGGACUCGCUGACCCAUGCGGGGCAGCGUCCCUGUGACCUGGCUGAUGAGGAAGUGCUGAGCCUGCUGGAGGAGCUGGCCCGGAAACAGGAGGACCUUCGGAACCAAAAGGAGGCAUCUCAGAGCAGGGGCCAAGAGCCCCAGGUGCCCUCCAGCACCAAGCACAGGAGGAGCUCUGUGUGUCGCCUGAGCAGCCGUGAGAAGAUCUCCCUCCAGGAUCUGUCCAAGGAGCGCAGGCCCAGUGGGGCAGGGGGGCCUCCCAUCCGGGACGAGGAUGAGGGAGAUGAAGGCCUCACAGAGCCACCCCCUACAGAACCCAGAACCCUCAAUGGCGUGUCCUCCCCACCUCCACCUAGCCCUACGAGCCCUCUGACCUCCUUCGCCCAGCCGCCCGAAGAGACCCCCUUCUCCAGGCGCUUUCACCUGCAGAAGACGGGGAGCUCUGGUGCUCUGGGUCCCCCGGAACGGCGGGGAGCCGAGGCAGCCCCUGGGGCCGGGCUGCAGCGGUCGGCCUCCUCCUCCCAGCUGGAAGGGACCACUGCUCAGGCCACAGAGCCUCGUCUUGCCAGAAUUCCCCUGACUCCCUCACGGAAGGUGCCAGAGCCCUCUCCACUGAGAGAGCCUGGAUCCCCAGUGAAGCCACAUGUCCCCGCAGCCUCUGCCGCAUCCCCAGCCGACUCCCGGGACCGUAGAAGGUCCUACCAGAUGCCUGUGCGGGAUGAGGAGUCUGAGUCCCAGCGGAAGGCUCGCUCCCGCCUCAUGCGCCAGUCUCGGAGGUCCACCCAGGGUGUGACUCUGACAGACCUAAAGGAGGCUGAGAAGGCGGCAGGGAGGGCCCCAGAGCCAGAGCAGUCGCCCCUGCCCGGCCUGGUGAGCAGGGUCGGCCAGCUGCGGCUGGCACAGCUCAAGGUGGAGCUGGAGCGGGCCACACAGCGGCAGGAACGCUUUGCUGAGAGGCCGGCCCUCCUGGAGCUGGAGAGAUUUGAGCGCAGGGCCCUGGAGCGGAAGGCUGCGGAGCUGGAGGAGGAGCUGAAGGCCUUGUCUGAUCUCCGGGCUGACAACCAGCGGCUCAAGGACGAGAACGCAGCACUGAUCCGGGUCAUUAGCAAACUGUCCAAGUGACUUGGAGGACUUUUCCCGCACCCGUAUUUAUACAGCUGCUUCUGCCACACGCACCCUUCCCCGAGUGAACACGAGUGACAGGGCUCCAGGGGAAGUCACUGAGAAGCCAUACUGCCUCUUGGGGCCUCAAGACUGGGAGGGAAGCUCAGAGUUCCCAGGAGCCAAGGGGGCCAUCUGAGGCCAGGAUGGAGGUGGGAGGCUGAGCCAGGUAGGGGGAUGUUGCCAAGAGGGGACUGGGGCCAGAAAUGGGACCAGAAAGGACACAGGACCAAGAAUUGCCAGGGUAGUAGUCAGGACCAGAGUGGCUGUCCCGGUGGUCCCCACCUCACGUGUGAUGCCACCCCAGCACUCUCCCCCUCCCAAGCAGGGAUCCAGCAGUGUGCCAAGAGACCCACCGGCCUCCGCCAGGUGGGCCUGUAUAUAGGGUCCAUGUGCAAUAAGGAGGGAUGUCUUCUAUUUUUUGCUGCCCCCUCCUCACCCAUUGUCUGGGGAGGGGGAGAAGGUAUUUUCAAGAUAAAGCACAGGCACCACAAAUAAAAGUCGUGAUGUUGCCAAUGG